AUUGAUUGUUGUAUGACAGCCACGAAAAAGUAACUCUUGUUUGGUUUGAUAAAUAAUUUUGUAGGCAAAUUAAUAGACAUAUUUAUGAAUAAAAAAAGUUUAAUUAAUUUAUAAUAAAUACCUCCGCUUGUAACUGAUAUUCGACAUAUUUUUGCAGUUAUGUCAGCUGUUAAAACAGCGUAUUGUUGUUCAUAGUUGUCAAUAAGCGUCGCCAUAUUUUUUAUUGUAAUGACGUUUAUUUUUUUUCUCUUUCUAUGAAAUAAUAGUUUAUAUAUUUACUAAAUGGCGCUAAUGUCAGAAACAUUAAGAGACAUUUACACCAAUUUACACCUGCUCUAAAAAAAAUGAAAAAAUAAAACAAAAUACCUGUGUUGACGUUUUAAGUUAAGCACGUGUUUGUUAAUUAAUUUAAUAAGCAAAUUUUGUUAAUUAAUAAUUACCUAUAAUUAAAUGUUAUUUAAUUUAUUAUGAGUUGCAUAGAUUAUUUAAUAAAAAGAAAAACUGGUUUUGCAUCAGCUGAACAAUGGGAUAUUUCAAUUUAUCGUUUACAAUGUUACAAAAAGUAUGAUAAAUCAAUUGGAAAUAAUGGAAGUUUUAAAUGUAAAUUUUCAAAGUCAAAAAAAAAUUUACAAGUCGCUGUAAUUGAUAAAUAUAUAAAUGUAUUCAAUGUAAAAAGUUUGAGACACAAUGAAAUCUAUCAUUACAAUAAAAUGACAUUGCUACAAGAUUUUUAUUGGCUUAGUGAUCAAAUCUUGGUGCUAUUGAGUGGUUCUGAAAUAUAUCUUGCAGAUCUAGAAAUAGGACUUGCAGGUCAUGAGAAAACCAUAACUUCUACUUUUAGCAAAAAUUUUGAAAAAGGUAUAUUAAAUCAAAUAAUAAAUCCAUGUCAUCAGGAUAUUAUUGCAUCUGGAUGGGAUGACAGUUCAAUUGUUCUUCGUGAUAUGAGAACUCCACAAGAAAAACCAGUUGAUUCAAUAUUUCAUACUCAUUGUGAUGAAAAAAAUGUACCACAAUCUUUAACUGAUCUGAUAUAUUAUAAUAGAACAAUUAUAUCUUGUUCAUUGAAUGAUGAUACAAUAAAAUUUUGGGAUAUUAGAAUGAUUUAUCAUUCAAACAAACGAAAAACAGAACCAUUUUAUCAAAUAACUGGUACAAAUAAUAAUGCUAAAAAUAAAACAACUGGUAUUUCUUCAUUGUAUCUAAAUCCAAUUGAUAAAACAAUUUAUGCAAAUUAUAUGAAUGGAAAUAUUGAUUCAUUUAAUAUAUCAUCAUAUGAUUAUGAUGCUCUACCAAUUGGUAAAUACUAUGGACACAAUAAUUCAUCAUCAUUAAUAAGUUCAUGCUUAAGUCCAGAUGGUAAAUAUUUACUGAGUGGUUCAACUGAUAAAUUUGCAUACAUUUGGCGAACAAAUAAACCAGGAAGUCCAAUUGUCAAAUUGUCUGGACAUGAUUAUGACAUGAUAACAUCAGUUGAUUGGUCUGGUUCGACUGAUGAAACAUGGAUUACCACUUGUUCAAUGGAUUCAUCAAAUAUUUAUCCAAAUAAUUGUUCUCUUCAUGUAUGGCGAGUUGGAACUGAUGAUGACAAUGAUGAUGUUGAUGAUAUUGGAAGAGCUCAACAAAUUAAAAAUCCAAUAUUUCAUAAUGAAGAUUCAACAAAAAAAUACUUCAUAAUACAGCAAUAAACCUAUCAAGUAUUUUUUAUAUAUUUAAAAUUAAAUAUUAAUUAAUAAAAUGUAAAUAAAUAAA